CUCAUCUUCAGAAGUCAUUGGAAUUGACCGACUUGGUUAUUAGGAGGUCCGAUGGCAACUUCAAAGGUCGAUGUGCUCAUUGUGGGGGCGGGGCCUGCAGGUCUGAUGGCGGCGAAUUGGUUGUCCCGACUCAAUGUCAAGACCAGAAUCAUCGACAAGAGAGGAACCAAGAUAUUUAAUGGCCAAGCAGAUGGUCUCCAAUGUCGUACUCUCGAGAUAUUCGACUCUUUUGGCUUCGCAGACAGAGCAUGGAAAGAGUCCAAUCACAUGUUAGAAAUCAAUCUCUGGAACCCAGAUGAGAAUGGCAAACUCUUUCGAUCCGACAAAAUACCCGACACAAUCCCCAACAUCUCAAGGUUCCAACAGGUGGUACUCCACCAAGGCCGGAUCGAGAGAUUCUUCCUCGACUCCAUCUCGGCUCACUCGGACAUUGUGGUCGAGAGAGGCGUCUUGCCGGAAACCCUGGAAUUCGAUGAGAGCCAGGCGGAGGACGAUGAUGCCUUUCCGAUCACAGUGAAGCUCCGACAUCUCAGUGAAGAGGAAGCAACGCCGAAGCAGAAUGCCACCAGUGCGAACGGAGCCGGGAUGCAGGAUGGCCUGUUCCGAAGCAAUCUGGCGCCGGACGAUACAGAAGAACUGAUCAAAGUCUCCAAACUGGCAGACAAGGCCGGAUCCACAGAGACAAUCCAAGCGCGCUAUAUGGUGGGAUGUGAUGGUGCUCAUUCUUGGGUUCGGAACCAGCUGGGCUUCAAGCUGCGAGGAGAGAGUACAGAUUACAUCUGGGGUGUCUUGGAUGUCAUCCCCAUCACUGACUUUCCCGAUAUUCGAAUGCGGUGUGCGAUUCACUCGGCCAGCAGUGGCUCUCUGAUGGUCAUACCUCGUGAGAAUAAGCUUGUUCGGCUGUACAUCCAAUUGACUACGACAAACGAUCUGGGAGGAGGCAAAGUCGAUCGCAGCAAGAUAAAUCCCGAAGUCAUCCUCAGUGCAGCACAGAGGAUUCUGCAUCCGUAUAAGCUCACGUACAAGUACUGCGACUGGUGGACGGCAUAUCAGAUCGGACAACGCGUCGGCGAUAACUUUUCCCUCAAGGAGCGCAUUUUCCUGGCCGGAGACGCAGUGCAUACACACUCGCCGAAAGCGGGACAAGGCAUGAAUGUUUCCAUGCAAGACACGUACAACCUCGGAUGGAAACUCGGAGCCGUCAUUAAUGGCCUCUCCUCGAGAUCGAUCCUCAAGACCUAUCAAUCCGAACGACGACGCAUCGCUCAAGACCUCAUUGAUUUCGAUCACAAGUUCUCACGUCUGUUCUCUGGCCGUCCUGCUAAGGAUCUCAUGGAUGAGGAAGGCAUCAAUCUCGCAGAGUUCAAAGAAGCCUUCGUCAAAGGCAACAUGUUCGCCUCCGGUCUCUCCGUCAACUACGGCAAGUCCCUCCUGGUCGCAAAAGAGGGUAACGCCGCCGAACAAGGUGACGGCACAGAAGUUUCCUCCUCCUCCCCUCACCAAGAUGAAGCGCAAAGCAAGCCCUCUCUCGCCACCAACAUCACCAUAGGAAUGCGAAUCCCCUCCUUCAAAGUCCUCAACCAAUCCGACGCUCGACCCUGGCAUCUCCACGAACUCCUCCCCUCCAACGGCCGCUGGCGCAUCCUAAUUUUCCCCGGCGACAUCCUCUCUUCACCCACCUCCCAUAAACGCCUCCUCAGCCUCAGCGAAAAACUCUCCAGCCCCACCUCCUUUAUCCGAAAAUUCACCCCGUCCCCUUCCUCCCUCCCUCAUUCCUCAUCCACUUCCCACUCCCCCCUCACCAGCCUCAUCGAACCUCUCCUCAUCCACUCCACCCCUCGCAAAUCCACCACCAUCUUCACCUUUCCUCCCAUUUUUCGCCCUUUCAGCCCCACGCACGGCUACGACUACACGAAAAUCUACGUCGACGACGAGUCCUACCACGAAGGACACGGUCAUCUUUAUCAGAAUUUGGGUAUUGAUCCUUCGCGCGGUUGUGCAGUUGUGGUGAGGCCGGAUCAGUAUGUGGCGUGGGUGGGGGAGAUGGAUAGUGAUGGGUAUGAGGCGAUGGAGAAGUUUUUUGGAGGGUUUAUGAAGGUGCAGGAGGAGGGUCGGGGGUGUGUUGGGGUGGGGAUUGAGGAGGAGGAUUUCAAGGAGGAGGGAGUGCAGCUGGAGAAGCAGAAGCAGAAGCAGGACGAUGGAGGAGGAGGAGGAGGUGUGGGAGGAUUGGAUGGGAGUGUGGAAGGGGUAGGAGCCAUGUGAAGUUUCUCCCGCUGCGUGGUUGGUUUCUAUCGAUAAGGGAAGGAUGAUGUUUUCAUGUCUAGUAGGUACAUUACCUGAUCUUACUUGCUUUCUCUCUACUACAUAAAAC